AAUUCUCACUUUCGUUUUGAGCUUGACGUUUGUGCUGCCGCAUUUUUCUGGACGGAAUCGUUUCCGGUUUUUCACGGUUCACGCCGGUGUUGUUGACGUUAGCCUGAGGCAGCUGACGCAUUCGUAGUUUCAGGCGUGAAUUUGCAGCUAAGCCAGACAGAAAUGGUUCUGCCCAAAUUUCUCAAACAACUUUCUUUUCAACCCAGAAAAUCCCAGAUUUACGUUCCUCCUCCCCGUCCGUUCAUAGCUUCACUGGACAGAACCGAUGCAUACUAGACAAAACCUAGCUGGCCAGUCUUCGGCUUCCUCACCGGCUACACUCCGUCUCCUAUAGUCUUUGCGUCACCCAAUUUGCGAUGAUUACAACAAAUAUCCGUUCCUUGCUCAGAUUCUCGGCCCUUUUACGUGUUGUUUUAAUUAUCUAUGGAGAAUGGCAAGACUCUCAUAUGGAGGUCAGAUAUACAGAUGUUGAUUACCUUGUCUUUUCUGAUGCUGCUUCCUUAGUGGCUUCCGGACAGUCCCCAUACCAAAGAACAACAUACCGGUAUUCACCUUUGCUGGCAUUUUUGCUCGUUCCAAAUUCAAUUAUUCAUCACUCUUGGGGGAAAUUUCUAUUCUCGGCUUCAGAUUUACUUGUGGGUUAUUUUAUCCAUUCCAUAUUGAAGCUUCGGAAGGUACCUGAGGAUCUUUGCAAGUAUUCUGUAAUGGUAUGGCUCUUCAAUCCAUUUACCUUCACCAUUGGAACUCGUGGGAACUGUGAGCCCAUUGUUUGUGCCAUGAUUUUGUGGAUCAUUAUCUGUCUUAUGAAAGGUAAUGUUUUACAAGCUGCAUUUUGGUAUGGACUUGUUGUCCACUUCAGAAUUUAUCCUAUAAUUUAUGCACUUCCAGUUAUCCUGGUUCUUGAUCCACUCUUCUUCCAAUCGGGUUUUAAGCCGAAACUCCUAAAUUGGAGGCUUAGGCAAGACAAAAAUGCUCAAAGUUAUAGUAAAAUGGCAGAUCAAUAUGGCUUAUGGACACCAGUGAAAACUAUAUUUGCAAAAGAGAGAAUAGUUUUUGCUCUGGUGUCAGGGGCUGUCUUCCUAUCUUGUACUGCACUAUUCUUCUAUUUUUAUAGAUGGGAGUUCUUACAUGAGGCGCUGCUAUACCAUCUUACUCGUACUGAUCCAAGACACAAUUUUUCAAUUUAUUUUUAUCACAUUUAUCUCCAACAUGAAUGUGAGUUCUCGGUGGUGGAAAAGCUCAUCUCCUUUUUGCCUCAAUUUGUAGUACAGAUGGUUCUCAUUUUCAGAUUUGGUCAAGAUCUCCCAUUUUGCUUUUUUCUGCAGACGGUGGCAUUUGUAGCCUUCAAUAAGGUGAUAACGGCGCAAUACUUUGUUUGGUUCUUUUGCUUACUGCCCCUGAUACUGCCGUGGACCAAAAUGAAACUUAAGUGGGAAGGCUUCAUUUGCAUUCUUGUGUGGAUGGGGGCUCAAACUCACUGGUUGCUGUGGGGUUAUUUGCUGGAAUUUAAGGGCAAAAACGUCUUCUUAAAACUCUGGCUCGCAAGCUUGGUGUUUCUGGCCGCUAAUACGUUCAUCCUCGUCAUGAUAAUUCGUCGGCAUAAUUACUCCCCAGUAUUUGAGCAGCUCGAAGCUGCAACUUUGAAGAAUGUAGUGAAACUUCAGUAAGGGAUUUGAGUCCUUGUAGAUUUGCUAGAGUAGUUGAACUAGUUUAUGAUGAACUUCUACACUUAAACUUUUUACCAAAUUUUGGAAAAAAAUAUUUACCAA